UAUCGGAACUAUCUCUUUUGCCUAUCGAAUUUGUAGCUUAUAUAUCAAGUUAUAUUUAGAGUUAAACUCCGCCAAAAAAAUUUCUAGGUCAGUUCUGCUAGAACCCUCCCAGCUGGAAUACUCUUUCACAAGAGAUGUAUUUUUUUUUCCCAUCUCUCUUUCAUUCAUCCCGACUCUCUUUUCUCUUCUCUCUCGUUUGGAAAGGCGACGGAAGAGACGAUUCGUUCGAGAAUCUGAAAUUCAACUGAUUCACAUCGAGUCCGUUGAAUUUUCAGUCUAAAUCUGGAGGGUUGAUGGUCACCGGAGGCGAUGGCUUUAUUAAUCGGCGUAACCCAAAGAUUGACGCUUCGGUUAUGUCGACAAACGACGGCGGAGGUUUCAGAUUGAGCGGUGAACAGACGUUUAGGCUCAACUGGGCUCAGGCUGGUGCUGGAGAGAGACGCCAGAGUGAAGGUGCUGACCGAGAUGAAUGGUCAAUACUGCUCGACCAGGCCUAUGCGUAUUGGUCCGGCUGUCAAUAAGAAUCCUCUUCCGAUGCAACCAGCUAUGUAUCAAAACACUCAAGGAGGAAAUCUUGGAGAUAGCGAUCCAAAUAAAACACCAUUUUGAGUUUUCUUCUCCCUUUCUACCUUCUCUCUCCUUCUCUGUUCUCUUCUCUUCUCUCUUCACUUUGCUCAAAUGGCCGGCCUUAGAUGGAGAGAGUGGUGGAACACGAUGGCCUUCCCCACCCGACGCAUCUGGAAUCGUAUCAGUGAUAGAGACUAAGAUGGUGGAGAUGUCUGCGUUAAACCACUUGAUGGCAACUCAUGAUCUGCAACAAGCCCAACAUAUAGAGGUUCUUUAUGACCAGCUUAACCGCAAUGUCGUUGUUAGCAAUCAAGUCACCGCAUCCCGCAGUUGCAAGAAUCAAGCUAUUCGAGCUGUUCUAUCUGGUGAAUUGAUCUAACCAUUUCCAAGCUCCUGGAUUCUUCUCUUUGAUCUCCAACCUGUAGGAAUCAACUUCUUCCUUCUUACUUGUAAAAUAUGUUU